UGCUAAUUUUGCUCGCAAGGCGAUACAGUCAAGUGUUGUCUCUGUCAUGGCAGCGUAAGAAGGAUUUAGUUGACGUUGGAUUUGUCUAUCAGAAAACGAAGUUUAGUGAAGUGUUGAAGACUGAUAUUUCUUCAGAAUGAGUGUACCACGAGGGCUGAGUYUGUUGUUGAUGGCUGCCGUCAUGCUGRCUUACUUUCAACCUUGUUUACCGUUGAAGAAGCAGUGUGAACCAGUUACCAUACCGUUGUGUACAGGUUUACCGUAUAACACAACUAUAUUCCCCAACAUGCUAAAGCACAGAACUCAGGAAGAAGCUGGCUUAGAAGUUCAUCAGUUCUACCCUCUCGUCAAAGUGGAUUGUUCCAGUGAUCUAGCUUUCUUUCUAUGCUCGGUUUAUGCCCCAGUGUGCACAGUCCUAGAGACUCCAUUGCCGCCUUGCCGGUCUUUGUGCGAGAGUGCUCGGAACGGCUGUGAAAAGUUAAUGACUAGAUUUGGAUUUAACUGGCCUGAAUCACUUAAAUGUAGUAAAUUCCCAGAAUUUGGAGACAAGCUCUGUGUAGGAGAAAACAACACCAAGGAACUGACCCCAACACAAGAAGGGAAUACGAAUAAUAGCUAUCCAGUAGUAGACAAGAACGUGAUGAAAUAUCGCUGUCCCGAAGAGCAAAAGAUCGGUAAUGAUCAGUAUACGUACCAUGGCGAGAAGCGCUGCGCAGCUCUUUGUAAAAAUGUCUUCUUCACCGACGAGGAGCGCAAGAUAGCUCAACUUUGGACAGGAAUAUGGGCGAUACUGUGUGCUUUAUCUACAUUAUUCACUAUUUUAACAUUUUCGAUUGACAUGCGACGUUUUAGGUACCCCGAGAGACCGAUUAUAUUCCUCUCUGGUUGCUACUUUAUGGUCUCGAUCGCUUUUAUUGCUGGUUUUGUAGCUGGAGACAAAAUCGCUUGCAAUCAACCCAUACGAUCGGGCUUUCCAAAGACCCUAGUACAAGGAACCAAACACGAAGGAUGCACAGUAAUUUUCAUGAUGCUUUAUUUCUUUAGCAUGGCGUCGUCUAUUUGGUGGGUGAUAUUGACAGUUACAUGGUUUUUGGCGGCUGGCCUCAAAUGGGGCCAAGAAGCUAUUGAGGCUAACUCCCAGUUCUUUCAUUUAGCAGCUUGGGCAAUCCCUGCGGUUAAAACGAUUGCUAUUCUACUAAUGACAAAGGUGGACGGAGACGAAUUAAGUGGUGUUUGCUAUGUAGGCUUGUCUGAUGUGAAUGCUCUUCGUGGCUAUGUACUUGCCCCAUUGUUUGUCUACUUCAUAAUCGGAGCAACCUUCCUCAUAGCAGGUUUUGUGUCUCUCUACAGAGUCCGUUCUGUUUUGAAAGAUGACUACAGCAAGCGUGAAAAAAUCGAAAAGCUAAUGAUUCGAAUAGGGGUGUUCUCGAUCUUAUACACGGUGCCUGCGAUAGUGGUUAUUGGGUGUUUAUUCUACGAACAAUCAAAUCGAGCUCGAUGGGAUAAUGCUUGGCUAGAAGGCUGGAAACGCCAGAAAGAGUGCAAAGAAAUAACAAAAGUCAAAAACAGCGACAUUUCUUGCCCUCCUUAUCCAAUUCCUUUGGAAAAACCAGACUUCACCGUGUUUAUGGUGAAAUAUUUAAUGUUUUUGAUCGUUGGGAUCACGUCGGGAUUUUGGAUUUGGUCGAGUAAAACAUUGAAYUCGUGGAAAAGGUUUUACAGGAGACUGCGAUGUAUGAAAGGAAAUUCUAGCGUCUAAAGUAUCGUCCUUGUUUCUAAUCACAGAAGCUAAUGAUUGCUUACAAACGAUUGUCUCAAAGAGCAAAUAUUCUCGUCGACGUCGGUGUGUAAGAAUUAUCUAUUUGGUGCUAUAAAAAGAGCAAAAACCAGAUUAAUUUAUGAAGCCACUGACAAGGGUCGACGUGAUUUAGACACCUUUUGAGUGCCACAAGAGCUCGCAACUUAAGCCAAACUUGUAAAAUUUUCUUACUUUUUUUACGACAAAGAUCAUUGUUUUGUAGUCGGAAAGGUUUCCACACAAAGGAUUCUUGAAAGAGAAGCGCCCGCUUCGGAAGGACCACGUAAACAAUAGUGUUCUGUGUUUCUCAUCUCACCAACAGCAUGCAUCRAAUUCCCUUGGUUGAAAAUUGUCGGAAGGUCCGAUUUCAAGGAAACUUCCAGCGCCUACUCUUUUUCUCUGMUCUCAAAGAUUUCUUUAUGAUAUUUUUGAGCUUAUAAUUACAUUUCACACAUAACUCAUUGUUCGUAUGGAAUUUGUUCGUCUUCAUGUAUAACGUUUGUGUUUGUUGAAUUGUUUUAGUCAUAGUAAUUUGCCGCCUUGCAUUUAAUAUUAAUAGUAAAUUGUUUUUAAAGAAGUAGAAAGAGAAAUAGGCUAGCUUGCCAUAAAUAUUCUUUAUUGAGUUUACCACGAAGCUUAUAAUCGAGCGCUUCUCUUUUGACCUUUGAAAACAAUUUUGCUUCUAUAAGUGGCUUAUGUUGCGAGCACUUUAAAAAACUCUAGGGAUUUGACUUCGUAAAUCCCUACGUGCAAAAUGUGGCUUGUGGUAGUUUCUUAACACUACUCGAUUUAAUAGGCCACUCUUGACUGAACACAACAACGCUAUGAAACAUUUUGACACAAGUCAAUUAGUGUAAAUACUCGUAAACCUUCAAGAAAGAAACGAAGCAAAACGCCCAUGAUCCCAGACCCAAGGGUUCGUUAUCAGUUCUAGACCAAAAUGUGGAUAGUGUACAUUUAUAGGAAUCUGUCAUUACUAGAAUAUAAUUACUCUUUGUGGYUUACGUUUUAUUUAGCUUUAUCAUAUUUUUUGUGUGAGAACAAAGUUAUCUGUGUUAGUUCAACACCUUUAUCAAAGAAAGAAAAGGAUUAAUGAAGAGUAAACAUUUUUAGGACAUGUUAAAUGAAUUCUGGUAAAUGAAUUUAUUUUUUCUAUUUUUUUAAUUCAUUAGCCCAUCCCAUGCUGAUAAGCUUUUAGAUCUGUGUCUUACCUUUUACCUCUUCUAGAAAACCAAAAGAUGUUUAUUUAGUGCACAAUAUGUAGCUUCAUUUUACAAACUUGUUAAUAUCAUAAAUGCUUAGAAAUAAAUAAUAAAUAUAUUUAUAAAAACGUCGUAGCAUGAUCAUUGAGACCCACMAGGAAUGCUUAAUAUCAGGUUUGGGUCAGCCCAGAAAUCAAGCCAUGAAGUAUUACCUCMGCUUCCUAGACGAGGGUCAACACCUCAUCCAUCUUGUCAGCCCAGAGACUUUAGAAAAUAGCCUAGACGUGCAAUAAUACUUUAGUCUUAUCUUGCUUCCAAUUGAACCCUAUGCAUUGCUCUUUUAAAGUGUCAGUUGUUGAUAAGAAAAUUUUAUUAACUUUCUGGUUCAUUUCCCCUUGAAUUUAACAUUAAAAUCUUUCAUCCAUGA